AUGGCGCCGACGUCCUACAUCCGCAGUGUCAGCGCCUCGAGUGAACACUUGCGCACCGUGGUUUCUCGCUCCGUGUCCUCGACCUUCGAGACCGUCUCGUCUAAACCCUCGGUAGCCAGCUCCAGAACGUCCAUUGCAUCCUUCUUCGCACUCGUCCUCCGCGAGGUGCUACAACUCUCCAGACGCACGCUCCAUGCCUCGACAAGCCCUGCCACAAAACCCUCCCGGCGGGAACUUGUGCAGCCCAUAUUCCUCCAACCUUCAGCUCCUCUCGAGAAACGACAGACCGCUGUCCUCGCGAUCCCGACCACCUAUGCGGGCCUGAACUCGGGCCCGGCCCCCGGCGCCUUGGUCGGCAUCGUGCUGGGUUCUGUCGGGGGCUUCAUCCUUAUCCUAUAUAUCAUCCUGUCACUCUUCCGGCUGUCCGGCUGGGGAGGUGGCCAGGAAGUCGUGGCCGAAGAAGUCAUCCGCCAUCACCGCAGAAGGCCCUCCCGCAGCACUCCGAGCAGUCGCAGCAUGAGCCAUGUCGGCACCCACCGACCCGAACGGGUCCUGCGGCAGCAAGAGACGGUGACGGUGGAGGAACACUUUGACGGGCCCAGCGUCGAGGAGGACAUUGUUGAGGUCAUCGAAGAACACUCGCCCGAACGGUCGCCGCCACGGAAACCCAGUCGCCGGAGUGGCUUUCGGACGUUGGAUCCGGCCGAGUUUGGAGGAGGAACAAGACCGAUGAGGAAAGUUCCGAGACGAUAA